AGAGCAUAUGAUUGAGAGGGCUCUUGAAUUGGUUAUUGGCUCUACCCCUAGCCCCUUCAUAUUCCGCAUCCUGCUGCUUCUUUGCUUGCUUUUCUCGAUCAAGCAUUCCUGUGCUGAGCAAAGAGGUAGUAGCAUUUUUUUGACAAUAUUUCUUCACGGGUUUUGGGAAUUGGAAAGUGAAAUUUAUGAAAGAAUAAAAUAAAAGAGACAACUCUGGCGCCAAGAGGCUAAAAAAUUUAACGUGUUCCAGCUCCAGACUCGUUAAUAACUUAGGGCAGAAAAGGCAGUUGAAAAUUGUAAAAAGCGUCAGCCCAUUUUCUUUGGGACAAAAGCAGAGCGAGAAAUGGAGGAGGCAUUGAAUGUCGCCGAGUCAAUGCCAAGGGUUAACCUGAAAGACACUAUUGAAGAGCUCUUGAAGUUCACUCUCCAAUCUUGCACAAACGGAACCCUAGAAAUCGAUCUAGGGCUGCCCAAGGAAUUUUGCUCCCGCCUCCUCAAAUCCGAGCCAAACGACCUCUCCUCCCCUUCCCACUCCGAUUCUUCUACUGGUAUUUUUGAAGGGGUUCCACCAUACCCUUUAUACAAGCGUCUCGCAUUGGCUUUGCAUGAAUCCAUAGCUUCUGGUACCCUUUUCGGUACAUGCAACAAUGCGUCCAUUAUUCAUCAAGAAAGUUCCUUGAAGGAGAAAGAAAAUGAAUGGCAGAAGCUGAUCUCGGAGAAGGGAUCUGAAUUAGUAAAUGUAUUGAAGACUGUUAAAAUUGAGCUUCAUGUUCAGGAGCCUUUCUUUUCGCAGCUUAAAGAUGGCCUCAAAACAAUUGAAGGGAGGUGUGCUUUGGGUAAUUGCAGUAGAAUUGACUCAGGAUCUUUGAUUCUCUUCAAUAAAUGUCUACUAUUUGAAGUUCAGGAUAUUCGCAGUUAUUCUUCAUUCUCUGAUAUGAUGGAGGCAGAGGGUCUUUCUAAAGUCCUUCCUGGAGUUGAAACCAUUGAACAAGGUGUGCAAAUUUACAGAAAGUUUUACACAGAAGAAAAGGAAAGGUCAAAUGGUGUCCUUGCGAUUUGUGUUUCAAAGUUUCCUCACCAGCCUUACAUUUCAUUAGCUAGAAUGCUAUUUGGAUUGAGUCUGGGGGGUCUUCAAGGCCUUCUUGGUCUGGCACAUACCACAGGAUCUACUCCAGAUGCUCUACCCCCGCCAACAUUUACUCUUCUGUCAUCAUUUGUGCUGCCAUAUAAAUUGAAUGUUGAAGGUAGUGCAUUGACUCAUGGAGCUAGGGCCUUGGCAAAACAUGCACAUCGGAGUAGCAGUAAAUAUUGGGGUACCUUAGUUGGAAGUGAUUCCAAUAAAAACAGGCUCGCAUUGGAUGUCAUCAGUCAAUUAAUGACACAUUGUUGCUGGUUAAAUGUGCAUAGUGUUCAACCACACGGUGUUGUCUUUGAAAUAAGGGUUGCUGAAGGAUAUGGUGCACGGUGGUCGGAAGAUGGUAGCAAAGUAUCUGCGAUCAUCCCUAACUAUGCUUUUAUCCAUACUCAACUCAAUUUAAAGUUUCACCAUGGGCCUAAAUCAUGUCUAACUAAUACUGUUGGGGCUUUUGGCAACCUGAACCACAGUUGUACCAUUUAGUUAAACAUGUUAAAUUAAUUAUUGAAAGAAGAUCAAGCAUCAAGUUUCUUCAAUAUAAAGCUUAAGCAUAUAGAUUGAAAUGCCCUUUUUCUAAAAAGCAAUAAAGUGAUUGUGUCUCCUUGUGGACUUUCAGUUUAUCGGAUUUUUAGAGCCAUACAUGGAAGACGGUCAUCCAAAGGGAUGGAAGCACUAAACAGGUUCAUCAGAUGUUGCCUUUAGCUUCUUUGGUUCAGAUAGGCAUUGCCUUCUCAAGGACCCCUCUUGCUUGCUUUUCUUGAUGAGGCUUUGAAAGAUUGUUCCUCUUUCUUUUCCACACUACAUUUGCGCUCCUGAUCGCUUCCAUUUAUACAGACAAGGAGAUCUUGACUGAGCUAUUCCAGAUGCACUCGAAAUACAUUCUAGCAAUUUGUCAUAUGGAUAAGCCACGGAGAACUCUCCUGUAAGUCACUGCGCCAGCUAUAAGACUCCUGCACAUGGUAUCUCAACUGAUUAUCACCUUUCCAAUUUCUUUCAACGAUCAGCUGCUGUGUUUAUAUCUCCAUGCCAUAUUAGCCCCUGUUGGUUAUUCAUAUACCGAAUACUAAUUACUCCUAUGGACAUAUUAGAUUUAAGCUCUCCCUUGUAACUUCUAAGACUUAACAAAUAUUGUUUGUUUUGUUGAUUUAUUUUGAGGAAAAAUGCACAUAUUGUAGCCAUA